AUGUGCCGCGAUUCGGCUGAGACUCGAGGCCACGCGCCUCUGCAGAGCAACCUCCUGGAACUCAGACAACGGGCAUCCAUCCCCAGACGAAUAAUCGACCCGCGCAUCGCGCAUCCUGUUUCGCCUUUUUUCCCCAGCUACAUUAUAUUUUAUCUCGCUGAUAAUCUAGCUGGAGAAUCGCGAAAGAACGGCCCAUUGGAUGCUAUCAUGAUCUCGAACCGGUUACGGAAAUGGGCGAGGAACGCAGUGGUUGGCGUGUUCUCGGUACUUCUGCUGUGGACAACAUACAAGCAUUAUAAUUAUGACCAGUAUUACCUGUCGUCGGGUGACCGAGCCUUGAACCGGAUGAAUCUCACACAAUUUGAGUUACCGACGUCCAAUCUGACCACCGGUCGGGCAAACGCUACUCUCAUAUCCCUCGUGCGCAACGAAGAAUUGGGAGGCAUUAUAAGAUCCAUGAGGCAGCUGGAGAUGUCAUGGAACAAUAAAUACAACUACCCCUGGAUUUUCUUCAACGAUGUCCCUUUCACCGAGGAGUUCAAGAAGCGAACCCAGGCAGAGACCAAGGCACAGUGCCAUUACGCAUUGAUUCCGAAAGAACACUGGGAAAUCCCUGAAUGGAUCGAUGACGAUCAGCUCAAACAGGGUAUCGCCGAACAGAAGAAGAAAGGAAUCAAAUACGCAUCGUCCAUAAGUUAUCAUCAAAUGUGUCGAUGGAACUCGGGGUUUUUCUACAAGCACCCAAUUUUGGACAACUACAAGUAUUAUUGGCGGGUUGAGCCUGACAUCAAAUAUUUCUGCGACAUUGACUAUGAUCUAUUCCAAUUCAUGGCCGAUCAUAAUAAGGUCUACGGCUUUACGAUUAACAUUUUCGAUGACCCGUUCUCGGUCAAGUCACUUUGGCCGACCUCCAUGGCCUUCUUGAAAUCUCAUCCCGACUACCUUAGCACCGACAAUUCCAUGACAUGGUUAACAGAUGAUACUCUGCGCCCGGAUAAAACACUUAGCGCAAAUGGAUACAGCACGUGCCAUUUCUGGAGCAACUUUGAAAUCGCCGACCUUGAUUUCUGGCGAGGGGAGAAAUACCAAAAAUACUUCGACCAUCUAGAUCAAUCAGGCGGCUUCUUCUAUGAGCGGUGGGGAGAUGCUCCCGUCCAUAGCGUUGCCUUGGGUCUUUUUGCGGAUAAUUCGCAGAUUCACUGGUUCCGAGAUAUCGGAUACGAGCAUCCUCCUUAUAGCAAUUGCCCAGACUUGCCAAACUGCCAAAACUGCAAACCAAACGUAUUUGCUAGCGGUCGGGUUCUGAAAGAAGAUUGCCGAGUGACCUGGUUUAAACAGGUAUGCGAAAGCCGCACGCAACAUGGUGGAAUGAGCCCCGAGGAAAACGAGAUCUGCCGCCAAUCGGCAAAUUUUUCGUCAAUAAUAUAG